CACAGAUUUUGUUCUCUGGAAGGCACUCUAGGAGAUCACUCAUGCAUUCUCCUGGGGAUACUUCGCCGGACAGGAAAUCUGGUUGUGGAUUGUUUAGUGCCGUGUUUGGCCGACGCAAUCUGUGGCAACGCCGAUCAAUCUCCUCCCCUCCUUCUCCUACGUCCAACGUUAAUCAUGUCAACCAAAAUGGCAAAUCUUCAUUGUCAGACUUGUUGAAUUCAAAGCGGCGGCGAGGCCCCUCCGACGAUGCCGAUUUAGUCGCCACCAACCCACCGAUACGGGUUGUAAUUCAAAACCAACAAAGGAAGCAUCAUCAUCAUCAUAUCAACGAGACAUCAAAAGUGACGCCGGUGACAACGCAGGGUCAUCAUACGCGCCAAGGCAGAAAGGUUCUGAAAGAAGCCAUGGGAAUUUCAGGCGAGCUUGAGAGUUAUAUCACUGAUCACCAGAAGUCCAAGGGAAGUAGCAUGCUUGUUCGAGCUUCUUCAAGCAACGUGAUGCUAUUUGGUGAUUUAGGAAACUUGCGACAAGGAGGAGGUGGAGGGAAUAAUACAAAUUCUUACAAUGUAAUGGAUCAACUUCCUAAGCCUAAAGAUGAAAUCUUUACAGCAAAUGGUAAUGGAAGAUACACGAUGAAGCAUGUCACAGAAAAUAACGCAGCGAAUAAGACCAAAGAGAACACCAAAGAAGAAGGGGUUUCUCUGUGCAGAGCUAUAUCUACUAGAAUGGAUCCAGAACAGCUGAAGAUAAUGGGAAAUGAGGAUUACAAGAAUGGGAGAUUCACAGAGGCUUUGGCUUUGUACGAUGCAGCUAUCGCCAUUGAUUCGAACAAGGCUUCAUAUAGGAGCAAUAGAAGUGCAGCAUUAACGGCUCUUGGUAGGCUUAUCGAGGCCGUGUUUGAGUGUAGAGAAGCCAUUCGAAUUGAACCCCAUUACCACAGAGCUCAUCAUCGAUUGGGAAGCUUGUACCUUAGGUUAGGAGAAACAGACAAAGCCCAGUAUCAUUUUAAACAUGCGGGACCAGAUACAGAUCCUGAUGAGAUUGCUAAGGUAAGGAAUCUUCAAGUUCAUCUUAACAAGUGCACUGAGGCUCGUAGGUUACGAGAUUGGAAUACUGUAAGAAAGGAGACCAACUGUGCUAUAUCAUGUGGUGCAAAUUCUGCUCCUCAAAUAUUUUCUUUGCAAGCUGAAGCCCUUUUAAAGCUUCAUAAGCAUCAAGAUGCAGUUGAAGUAAUCUCAAAUGGUCCUAAUUUUACGGAUGAGGAGUUGGGCAAGUUCUUUGGACCUAUUGGUUUUGCUAAUUUGUUGGUGACACGGGCUCAGGUUGACAUGGCUGCUGGAAGAUUUGAUGAUGCUUUGGAGGUGGCUCGACGAGCAGUGAAGCUGGACUCGAAUAACAAGGAAGCAGGCAUGGUGAUGAGAAGAGCUCGAGCGGUAGCAGAAGCAAGAUCACAUGGAAAUGAGCUUUUCAGAGCAUGCAGAUUCUCAGAGGCAUUAACGGCUUAUGGAGAGGGGCUCGAGCAUGAACCUUGUAACUCAGUUUUGUUGUGCAACCGAGCCGCUUGUUUGUCCAAAUUAGGCCAAUUUGAGAGAGCCUUGGAGGAUUGUACUUCAGCUCUCAACCUCAGGCCUUCAUACAGUAAGGCUAGAUUGAGAAGAGCCGAUUGUAAUACUAAGUUGGAAAGAUGGGAGGCUUCAGUUCAAGACUACGAGAUAUUGUUGAGAGAAACACCAGAAGAUGAGGAAGUAAGGAAGGCUUUGAUGGAAGUUCAAAAACAGCUCAAGAAACAACGAGGUGAAGAGUUGUUGUUGUGAAGUGCAGCUGACUGAUAUAUAUAUAUAUAUAUAUAGUUAGAGGAUUAGACAAACUCGAGUGUGAUUAAUGAGGGUAUAUAUAUCUGUUGGUUUUGGGCUUGUAUUAAGGGCUUGAAGAGAAAGACAUAGGAUGAUAUUAGAGAGGUCAAAUGUUGCCGGCUUGAACAUGUUUAUGUUUUGGAGACAAAAAAACUAGGCUCUUUGUUAAUUUGAGGGCGAAAAUUAAUGUGCAUAGCUGCUGACAUUAAUUGUUGGUUUUGUUUU